AUCUUUCUAUUGUGGCGUAGAAAAUUGGGUGAAGUUUGUUGUGACGGGCCCGAAAUUGGUCGUGAUGUGUGAGAUCAGAAUGGCAUAGGUGUUCUAUUUUCGGAUAUAAUAUGGCCACUUAUGACGACAAACAGUGGAUUUUGUCUCAUAUUCAAAAUUCUUACGUCACGAGCGAUGAUACAGGACUGUGUGAAGUGGUUGUGCAGCCAGAAGCCGGAGCAGCUUCGGUGGUUGAAUUCCCCUUCUUGGCAGACUCAGAAUCACCACCGCAAGGCCAAGAGGAUCCACCACUGCACUCCCUAGAUAUUGCCUCUGAUAUGGACUUUGUGGGGCACAGAAAGAGGUCAGAUACAGCGCAGAGGUUAGAGAUAAUGCGAAGAGAGAAAAAGAAUGCUUCUAAAGUGAAACGCAUAGCUUGGAAGCACAGUGAUGGAGUAGUUGAUGAAGCGGAGUUGAAUGAGAUGUUUUCUCGCAAAGCUGUGAUUAAUUCUAGUAGUAAUCCCGUUGAUCAAGAGAAUCCUAGGACUGUUAGUUCCUUACUUUCUCGCCUCGUGCAACAGUUUCCUCAGGGAUCCAAUAACCCCUUUUUGGAGUAUGCCCAAAUUUGAUGGCACGACUCACACUAACGUUCAGUCACGUCGCAUCAGCAUUUACCCUCUGAUUGGGGAGAAUCCCACUCCUACUUACCCAAUGGUUGUCUCAAUUGUGAACUGCAGUCAGGCACGGAUUGUUGAUCUCAUUGGCCUUACGUGUUGGCUUUAUACCAAAGAAAAUAGGGAACCGUCUCUAAAUGGUGGAGUCGAGAAUUAUGUGCUUCAUAUCGCAGAAGAGGAUGGUCAAGUAGACUGGGAUUUCCAAGCUCUACGAAACAGAGACCUCUUAGAUAAGUUUGGAUUUAACGUUUUGGCUCUUGUUGAGAAGAAGAAGGCACAUGAGUCGUCCCAAGACAUUGUAGUCACUUUAAAUGUUGCAGGGGGUGCCUUUAGUAAAAUUACUGUUGAGAACAACGAUAUAACUCUAAAGGAGAUUCUCAACCGAACAAUAACUAAAAGAAAAGACAUGGUUAGAAUUGUAGAAUCGGGCUUAGAUUAUCACUUGGAAAAGGAUCAUGAACCUGGUGUGGCGUUAGAUCCAGAGAAGACAUUAGCUGAUGUCAAUUGUACUGAAUUUGCUGUUGUAAGAGAUAAUAGUAAACGUGUGGAGAUACCGCUCAAUACAACUGGAAACAAUAUGUCAAGUGUAGAGGCAGUUUUGUACAGAUCAUACAAAGUGACAUGGUUGCUCAAGUUUGGAAAAUGUGAAGCAUGUCUUGGCAUAUCAGGAGACAAGCUUGAGGUUCACCCUCUUCAGCAAAAGGUUGGUGGUGGUUUGUUGCCAUUACGUAGCCCACAUCCGGUUACCUACAACAUGGAACUAGUCGUUGAUUGCUCUCGGAAAGCAGAAAAGAAAGGUAAAAUGGAAAUUCAAGUGACAUGUCGUGGUGAGAAUCGUUUCAAGGACUAUGUGUUUGAGUGUGAAGCCAAAGUUGGUCAAGAAAUUCUUGAUAAAUGCAAACAUAUCUUUGAUUUGCGGUCUAGCACAGCACGCAAAGAAUUUUGGCGAGAGAGGAGAAGACACAGCCUUUCAAUGCGGAGAAGACCGAGGCCUGUUAAUCAUAUUAAUGAAGUAUGAUGAUUGUUAGUGCUUCCACGUAUCCAUUGCAUUGUAAUAUACAGCAAUAUGAGGAUAAAGCAGAACAUUUCCACAGUUUUGUGGGCCAAAAUCACAAAAUGUUCCAAGAAGCUGUUUCUUUGUAGUCUCGACUACAUCUCUUAGCUUGGGGUGUUUGACAUUUGUAUCCUAGAGGGUUUCCCAUGCGAGCAUAAAGGGUAUCGUGAUCAUGGUGUGAUAUAAAGUAGUCAGCUUUUCAUUGACAAAAAAGAAGACAUGUAAGAUAGUUCUGUGUAUUGUUAGAAUUAAGAGUUCCUCAUUUUUGAUGAAUAAAACUUUUUCAAGAGUUUGAUAUGCCUUAACAUAGGAGCUGAUUUGUAUUGAAAGUUUUUACUCUGAAAUGUGGACAUCAGUAUGUCCUUUUAUUAUAGGUAUACUGUUAGUAUAUCUGACUGAAUUUAGGUUUGUUAAAUGAAUUCUUGGGUCAUUGCUUUCUGUUUCCCUACAGGAUGUAGGCCAUGGCAGAAUUUUAAACAGCUUGAGCAGAGCAAAGUAAAAUUAUUUGUUGAAAUUUUAUAAUACGUAACUGUAAUUAGAUACAGAUGUAACAUUCUAAAGAAACAAACAGAAGACAUGGGAGUUUAUACCACUGACAUGUUACAUUCCAAUUUAGAUCCAGAAAAGAAUGGACUGUCAUUCUAGUCAUUUUUUUUAUGUCAGGUUUGAUGUGUCAUUCAUUUGUAAAGCAAUGAAAGUUAUGUCUCCGAUUUA